GUCUGGCGUUCGUCAACACCAAGUACGCCCCCUCGUCAGGCAACUGGCCUGACAUUCAGUUCCACUUCGCCCCGAGCAGCGUAAAUUCCGAUCCGGAGCAGGUUAGGAAGAUCACCGGACUCCGCGACAGCGUCUACAACACCGUCUACAAGCCCCUGAAGGACGCCGAGACCUGGACCAUCCUGCCCCUGCUUCUGAGGCCAAGGAGUACUGGCUGGGUGAGGCUGAAGUCGAAGAACCCCGAGGUAUACCCGGACAUCAACCCAAACUACUUCACGCACAAGGAGGAUAUCCAGACGUUGACGGAGGGGAUCAGGAUAGCCCUGAACGUCUCCGCCAGCGAGGCGUUCCAGAGGUUCAAGUCCAGGCCCCACAUGAUACCGUUUCCCGGUUGUAGACAAUACGCCUUCGACACUGACGAGUACUGGGAGUGUUCCAUCCGCCACUUUACCUUCACCAUCUACCACCCCACCUCCACCUGCAAAAUGGGCCCGGCUUCAGACCCGGACGCCGUGGUGGAUGCCCGGUUGAAGGUGUACGGCAUCGGAGGCUUGAGGGUGGUGGACGCUUCCAUCAUGCCCACCAUAGUGAGCGGCAACACCAACGCGCCCGUCAUUAUGAUCGGGGAGAAGGCGUCGGAUAUGAUAAAGGAGGACUGGGGCAUGGCCGUUAGGUAGUCACUAGCGGGACAUUAACUGAUAGUUACAACUGUUUUAAAAGCUAGUCAUUUUGUGUAUAUUUAUUAUCAGUGUAGGUAUAGUGUAAAAGAAAUGUAUCUUCAUCUUACAUUUUAAACUGAAGAACGUGUGUCUAAAGGAAGAAAAAUAGACUAUAAACAGUUUAGAUGAAAGUAACACAUAAUCUAUUUGCUAUUUAAAAUAUUUGCGUGUCGUGUUGCUUUCAGCACUAUUUGGUUAUAUGACCAAUAACACGCGAUUAUUUAUAUUAUAAAAUAAAUUAGUAAAUAAAUGAAAAUCAUUGAAAUAAGCAAAAUUUACGAAAGAGAUCUAAUAAUAAGAAUUAAAUACGUUAUAUAUUCUAUUAACAUUAUUAUCGAUACUUUUUAUUCUGCAGCAAAUUAUUAUUAAUUUAUGCUUAAUUAUUUUUGAAUAGACAUAUUUUCUAUGUAAUACAUAUUAUUACGCAAACCUAUUCAGAAAAUGUAAGUUUUACAGAAAAAAAUGAACUCUAUUCCUACUACCUACUUUAUUCAACUUUAGCUUGGAAUUUGUAUAUAUAAUUUUAGGGUAUAUCGUGUAAAUAAAGUAGCGACAUUUUUAUUUUUUUAAUAAAUCAU